CUCGGGCUGGGUAGGUGGGUUUGGAGGUAGGUCCAGGGCCAUGGGUUCCUGGGUUUGUUAGCUAACUCGGAGGAAAAAUCUGUUCUCCAAAAUGAAUCUGGUAAUUGUACAUGUCGUGAAGUUAAGCCCUGAGUAUUCCACCUUCUGGAUUCUUCCAUUAGUUUUUGUUAAUUUUUGACCAUGAUGGGUACAGGGUUUGGAAUGCUGUUGCUUAUCAUGAAUGCGGCGUGGGCGACUACAGGUAAGUGCACGUAAGUAAGGUGACAGCUAGGUCAGCAUGGGGUGGAGAGAGACGGGUGUGUUUUGGAAGAAAUGUAGAAGUGAAGCAGUCGAGGCUUCACUGAACCUGGCUCAUGUCAUCGUGGGGAGUCUGGACACAGACUUCACUUUUGUCCCAGGCCCGAAGCCUUACCAAUGUGUGCUAUUGUUUGACAGGGUUGGAGAAACAGCAUGGCACAACUUGAUACCUUCAUUCCACGGCCAUGUUCAUUAUCCAGGUGUGAAGGAUAGCAGGGCAGUGUAAACUAACAAACCGAACUGUUCAGUGUAAACUGAACUAAUUGUUUUCAUUCCAAAAUCUUGUGCAUCGUGUUUAGUUUUGGGGUACAGAGGCUAAGGCAGUUUUCAGAACAUUAGUUCUCCUAAGAGUUGUUGUGUUGUCAGUGUGAGAAAAGCUUGAAAAAGGCCUCACAGAUUUCUGCUUCUAGAACUUGCUAUGCAGAACUCUAACAAACAGGAGUGUUUAAAUAAUUUAACAGGCUCAAAAAAGUCAGCGCUCACUGGGCUACGAGUACUGUGAGACAACUGCUGCAGUCUGCAGCUUCAUGCAGGUAUAGAGCGGCGAUCAGAUGGCCGUGCCUAAAAAUGCAUACGUGGUUUAGUUGGAAGUCAGAACAGAACAACAGAAGCGCUUGAGAACCACAUGCCGGUGGAUGCAGAGCAUUCUCUGGAACGAGGUCCAGUCCUCUUGAAUAAAAUUUCAUAGAUAGUUGUUUUGGAGCAAACAGCUGCCACCCUCAUAUCCUGUUCCACAUUAAUAUUUGUGCAGUACUUGAUAUUUUAUCACGUAGCCCUGGAAAACCAGCUUUGCAGAGGUAUGAUGUCAUCGAAAGGAAUGUGGUGCGAUCCAGUGUUGAAAUUGUGAACUCCCUCGAGUGCCAGUGUGCAUGCUGUCCUGCAGAUGGCCAGGACCUCUGUGGUUCCCUCAGAAAUUUAAAACAGCUUGUUCUGCCCCGCUUCCUCUGCAGCCGGACCCUUGAUUCCCCUUGCCCUCCUUGUCCUCAGGGUUUCAUCUCCAUUUUCUGCUGCUCACACUUCUUUAGGAAGAAGAUCUAGUGGAGUAAGGGCCACUGGAUGCAGAGGGGCGGUCAUGGGGUCUCCAGCGUUUCAGAAACCCUUGGCGCGCUCAGCCCAGCUGGCCUGUUCUUGAUAAGUGUCAAGACGUGGGUUGGGUUUCCUCGUCUCUUCAAUUUGUCACCUGUGGACCAUUUGUUUUCCAUCUUCUCAAUUUCAUUGUUGUUUCUCACUUAUAGUUGUUCCCUCUUGUUGUCCUUUUUGGGUUUGUACAUUUUUUAGUUCUUUCUGUCAUUUGGUGGGAGGGAAGGUGACACAUAUGUGACUUGCCCUGUUUAAUUAGACCGGCGGCAGUUAUUUAAUUUUUGUGAACUUGAGUUUAUUGACUUCUAAAACGUGGGUGAUAGUGUCCAACUUGAAGGCAGUUUGAAGGUGCUAUAUGCCAGGCAUCUAGUAGAUAUUUAGUAAACAGUGGCGACUCAUGUUUUCCCGGUCAUAGCAUUUGUUAUUUGAGCUAACAUGACGACAGCAGUAGGUAGGGAGGGAAAUGGACAUGUUUCUUGUGUGGAUGAAUGCAGUGGGUAAGACAGAAGAAGAAAGAGAUUUUGGAAACGGAGAAAAUAAUUAGCUUGGUUUUAGAUAUGUUGAAUUUGAACUGCCAUCAGAGUACCAGAUGAACAUCUUAUAAAAGGAUUGGAAUUUUCGUCUGGCCCCGAGGGUUACGAGGGUGGAGGUGGACUUUAGUUUAGAAAGCACUGGGUUUUUUAUAUUCCCAGGAAGAUGGGUUUGAGAAGAGGUAAGGCCUUCGACCUUGCCGUAUACCAGCUUUCAGAGCUUGUUAGAAAAGGGAGUCACCUAGGUUGCAGAAAGCUAAGGGGUGAAAGGGAGAGAAAGCGGAACCUAUUCUCAGGGUAGUUUUGUGGACCAUUAAGUAGAAAGCAUUUUCAAGGUCACUGCCAGGCUGUGGCUGAGUCUUGGCUAAGACUCAAAGGUCUCACUUACUCCUCCAGCUAGAGGACUGAUACUUUGCAAGAUCCUUGCACAUUUGGACCUCCAUUACCUUAUUUGUCUAAAAAAAAUGCCAGAGUACCCUUCUGAGAUUUUAAUGACAUGUACAUCUAGACAAAUGGCUACAUCUGAAAGAAUUCAUUGUCUCUUAGGUGGGCCUCUGAGUGGGGGGACACUGAUUAACCAUGAGGGUGUUUUCUAAAAGUGUACACCGUGAAGUCCUAAGAGAAACACUUUUCUCUUUUUUCACUUUAGGGGUACACAUGCCUUAGGGCAUUUAGGCGAGGACUGAGGAGAAGCCCUUGGAUUGGCCAUUAGGAGGCGUCUGGUGACUUCUGCAUAUAUACAGCGUGGAGACGAAGUUGGGAUCCUGUGUGUGUGGUCUGGAACUGGACCCCCGAUAUCUCUGAGAAACUUCCUGCACUCCGGUCAUGAGCCUGGCACAGUGGUGAACUGCUUUAAGAGCACUAGAGUAUGCUUCUCUUAUUCAGAUUCCUUAUCGAAUUUAACUGAAUUGCUAACCGUAACCUUGGUGAAGAUUGUUGCCUUUGGGCAGUCACUCCAAACUGGAGUAUAAAAGACUUCACGUUACAUUUUAAGAGGUCUGAAGUCAAAGAUCGUGAGAUUAAUAAUGGCAGGAAAAUCAUCACUUUUUAAAGUAAUUCUCCUUGGAGAUGGUGGAGUUGGGAAGAGUUCUCUGAUGAACAGAUAUGUGACUAACAAGUUUGAUACCCAGCUCUUCCAUACAAUAGGUGUGGAGUUUUUAAAUAAAGAUUUGGAGGUAGAUGGACAUUUCGUUACCAUGCAGAUUUGGGACACGGCCGGGCAAGAGCGAUUCAGAAGCCUGAGGACACCAUUUUACAGAGGUUCCGACUGUUGCCUGCUCACUUUUAGUGUCGAUGAUUCUCAAAGCUUCCAGAACCUGAAUAACUGGAAGAAAGAGUUCAUAUAUUACGCAGAUGUAAAAGAGCCCGAAAGCUUUCCUUUUGUGAUUUUGGGCAACAAGGUCGACAUAAGUGAACGGCAGGUGUCUGCAGAAGAAGCCCGAGCCUGGUGCAGGGACAACGGCGACUGCCCUUACUUUGAAACCAGUGCAAAAGAUGCCACGAAUGUCGCAGCGGCUUUUGAGGAAGCGGUUCGAAGAGUGCUUGCGACGGAGGACAGGUCAGAUCACUUGAUUCAGACAGACACAGUCAGUCUGCACCACAAGCCCAGGCCGAGCUCAUCUUGCUGUUGAUCAUUAAAGAGGUUGCCCACGUUCUAACCAACUCACGCAUAUACGCAAACAAACAGGGUGGAGGAGGCUGAGCGUUUGCAUCAAUGGAUCAUCUACUCACAAAGUUAAACCAGCCAUACUGCUGUUUCAUUAGUGGGUAGGAGGGGGCACACAUCCACUCAUGGAACAACCUAUUUACUCAGUAAUGGCACCUUACAUUUAUAAAUUGCAACCGUUGUCUAAUAAUGUUUAAUUUAAAUACGUAAGUUACAGAGCUAAUAAGUGAGAUGACCGGGACUUUCAUUAUGAUUAAAACAAAACACUCAAAUAUUCUAGAAGUUAUUGUUUUUUUUUUUCCUGGGAAAAUGGACAACUACUUUUUGUAUGUGUGUAUUUUUAUGUAAUUAGCAUUUUAUUCUUGGUUUGGGGGAAAAUUUCCUAAAGCAAUAAUGUUAGAUAUUAAAGAUUAAAAUCUAAUGCA